CACUCAUCCACCUCCACCUCCACCCUCGCCUUCGACCGACCUCCUCCCCUCCGUCAGCUCAACUCCUCACUUUGUCUUCUCAUCGGAACAUAAGCGACUCGACAUGGCGGACAACGUCGCGGAGCUCACGGCGCGAGCCUACGCAAUCGCUCACGCUAUUCCACAUGGGCGAGUCACGACGUACGGCCACAUCGCCAAGCUUGCUGGAUAUCCGAACUACUCACGACAUGUGGGCAACGCGAUGAAGGCGCUGCCAACAGAAAGCACGGUGCCGUGGCAUCGCGUCAUCUCUGCCAAGGGCGUCAUCUCGCCCCGAGGAGAUGGCGGUCUCGGUGUCGCCCGCCAGCGCGAUCGCCUCGUAGCCGAGGGUGUAGAGGUUGAGACAGUCGCGGGGCUGGGCGAGCGCAUCGAUGUGCGCCGUUACGGCUGGUUCCCCGAACGAGGAGAGCAGACGUUGGAUGCGUGGAUCGAAGCACAUCUCGGCCCCACGGCCGUUGGCGAUUGAAUUGAAUACUACAUCCUCCGCCUUCCCUCGGUACGCGGCAGUCGGCUCGCAUGAGCACGUCGCUGGCGAUAGCUCUCAAGCCAUGCUCGCCACGCUCGCCGCGAGCUCUCAUCUCGCUCACGUGAUACAGGACACGUCGGCUGGUAUGCAUUCUUCACGCGCC